CAUAUAUAUAAAAAAAGAGAGAAUAUGAAAAAGGAAAAUGGGGAGGCUUUGGAUGAAAUGAAGAAUGAGAAAAUAAGAUCCAAGGCAGGCAAGAAGAAGAAAUCCGCCAUAGCCAUGGAGAAUCAGAGCACCUGUUUAUCCUACGAGAAGCUCAACGGAGUGGCCUCAUGGGUCGGAACCAGCGUCGCCUCCGCCUUCUUCGCCUCUCUUGAGCGAUGUUCCUGUAUCAAUCUCUCCACCUCCGACGACCAUGAAGAUCCUGAAGAGGCUCAUGAUCGACCUCUCAUGUACUGCACCUCCACUUCUUCCUCCGUCGUCAUUCGCAGCUUCGAACCGCUUCCUCCUCCGGUCAAUGAUGUCGCCAAUCUCCCUGUCUGACCGCCGCUCUCUCCCUGGAUCUGAGGUCCUUUCUAAAUUAGUGCAGGAACAUGGCCACACAGCUUGAUGGUAGCAGAGAGAGCUUUAACAGAAAUGGCAGAAGAAGGCAGAGGGGAACAAGGAAACUGCAAAUAAGCACCUGUUAAUUCACUAUUUUAAUACCACAUUCAAUGUAAAAGAAUAUUUGGAUUAUAUUCACACAUAGAGAGAAGCCAAGAGCAGAUCUUUUUCUAUUUUUAUAUAUAUCUUGUAAUCAACUGUUUCUUAAAAGUAAAUGCAUAAAUCAUUUGAAUA